AUGAUUAUUCAAUUACUAUCAUAUGCUGGGACAGCAUUGGGGUUUCUGUUUUUAACACUAUCUAUAGCCUCAGGAUUAUAUUAUUUGAGUGAAUUAGUAGAAGAGCAUUGUGAACCUACACGUAGAUUUCUUAAUAGAGCAAUCUACGGUAUUAUUUUUAUAUUGGUACUAUUAAUGAUAUUCGAUUCAUUUCCUAUCAAAUUGACUAUAAUAUCGAUAGUUUCACAUUUGAUUUAUCAGAGAAAUCUCAAGACAUUCCCAUUCAUCUCGUUAGGGAACCCAAUGUUCAUCCUAAGUUGUGUGUGUGUUGUUGUCAAUCAUUAUUUUUGGUUUCAACAUUUCAACAAUGUUGAAAUACCACCACAAUUUAAAUAUGACCCUUCAUACAUCCCACGCAAACGUGCAACGUUUGCCCAAGUAUCAUCAUUUUUUGGUAUCUGUAUCUGGUUCAUCCCAUUUGCAUUAUUUGUAUCGUUAUCAGCAGGAGAUUUUGUAUUACCAAGUGCCAAUGAAGAACAGAUAUAUAGCAAGAAAAGUGAUGAUGAGACCCCCAAGUUACGCAAGAAAGCCGUUGGACUGGUACGAGUUGUAAUAAAUGGUGUCAGAGAGUACAUCCAUUCAAUUGUGCAGCUGUUUGGCUACCAAGGACGUAAAAAGACUGGAUUAGCAGUAUGA